AUGCUUAACUUGAUCGCUUCUUUCAUGGGCACGAUGGGGGAGGAUUCGAUGCGAGAUGAUCCUUCUUCUUCAUCAUCAUGGUCCUUGUUGAGGGUUUUAAUGAUGAUCGGGAUGAGUUUGUUGGUAAUUGUUGCUUCGUGGUUUGUGGUUGGAUUGUUCAAGUUGAUGAAGAAUAUGGCAAAGGUCUCUCAUAUUCCUGGUACUUUCCAAUUUAUGUUUUCUCCUAUUAGGAUUCCAUUGUUGGCUCCAUUGUUUUACAUGGGUAAUUGGGAAGAAAUCUAUCAAGCCAUUGAUAAGUAUGGAGAUAAGAAGGGAAGUUUAAGAGUUUCUUAUCAAGCUGGUAAUACAUUCACAACUUGUAAUAAGGAUAUUUUGAAAGAAAUUUUCAUUACAAAAGCAUCAGCUUUUGACAAGCCAGAGUUCUUGUAUGAUAUGUUUAAUUUGAUAGAUGUGAAUAUUUUGAGUGCAUUGACUACAAGUGAUUGGAAAAAACAUCACAAAGUGGUAAGCCCUGCAUUUUCAAAGGACAAUUUGGAAUAUGUGUGUGAGGAAGCAGUAAAUUGUACUGAUUUGAUGAUGAAAUUAUUUUGGGAGAAGAGAUUGAAGAAGGAUGGAAAAUUGACAUUGAGUGACGAUGAUUUCUGUUCCAUCACAUUGGAAGUUCUUGGUAGGGCUGGAUUUGGACUUUCAUUUGGCGUAUUUGAUGAAAAAGAUGAAACUGGCAAACAAUUUAGAGAUGCAGUUGAGAAGGUUAUUAAUAUUGGUAUAAUGGUUAAAAGAUUUGCACCAAACACCUUCCUCUAUCAUUUGAUCCUCAAGUUAACUGGCAUCGAGAAGGCUAUCACUUUUGUGAAUAAUAUUUUGGAUAAGCAUAUUGAGGAGAGAAAGAAGGAAGCUGAUGAAAACUUUGAUAAUUUCUCUAAGAGAGAUAUUUUGAGUUUAUUAGUUAAAGGAAAUACAAUUGAGAAAGUAUUGACUAAUUCGGAGCUCAAGAGUAAUUCUCUGCUGAUUACUCUUGCUGGGGAUGAAACUACAUCAACUACUUUAAGUUGGAUAAUUUACCAUUUGUCAAAGAAUAAGGAUGUCCAAGAAAAGGCUAGAGAAGAAGUUAACAAAUUACUUCCAAAUCAAGAAAAACCAAGUGCUGAAACUUUCGAAAAACUUGAAUAUAUCAAUGCUAUUGUUAUGGAAACUUUAAGAGUAAAUCCUGCUGUAUUGGGUGUUCUUAAGGUUGCUAAUAAGGAUGUUCAAUUAGGUGAAUACAAGAUUCCAAAAGGAACAUUUAUUGAAGGCAACAUUUAUGCAACUCAUAAAGAUUGGCCAGAGGCUAAGGUAUUUAAACCAGAGAGAUUUAUGGAUCCUGAGUUGAGAGCGAAAUCUCAACAUGAUUUUUCAUAUCUUCCAUUCUCAUCUGGUAUUAGAAAAUGCAUUGGAUAUAAAUUUGCUAGUAUGGAAGCAUGUAUGGUUACUGCAAGAUUAUUGCAAUUUUACAAAUUUGAUUUGUUGAAUGAUGAAAAGAAUGGAGAUGUUAUUAUUCCAUCAAGCGGUAUUACAGUGAGGCCACUCAAUCUCAAAGUUAGAAUCACCCCAUUGAAUUGUUAACAAAUAAAACACUUUGGUACCAAAUCUUUGUAUU